ACAGACUAGUUACUCACUGCCAGGAAGUGUGUUUGCAACCGUGAAAACUCGUUCGUUAGAAAAACCAUCAAAAUGUGUUGUGCCGAGUUCUUAGUCAAAUAUAUCCUGUUCUUCUUUAACUUUGUAUUUACGCUCGCGGGCAUAGCGCUCAUCGGGCUGGGCAUAGCCGCGCUGGUGCAGAUCAACCAGAUCGUCGACCUGAUCCCCGUCCCCAUCAAUGGCAUCCCCAUCGCGAUCAUCGUGCUCGGCAGCAUCAUCUUCGUCAUCGCCUUCUUCGGCUGCUGCGGCGCUAUCAGGGAGUCCAGAUGUCUGCUUACAAUGUAUUUCAUAUGCAUGGCCAUCUUGGCUGCUGGCAAAAUCUACCUAGCGACCGUGAUCUUCGGUGCUCUGGACACACUCCAGUCCACCGUGGAGGGUUGGGUGGACACCGCCUUCGAAAAAGAAGACCUCAGGAAGGUCUUCCACGUACUUGAGGAAGUAUUCCAAUGCUGCGGCACAACGGGGCCAGGGUCGUACGUGGGCGUGUACCCCAUCCUGCCGCCGACGUGCUGCGCGAGCGGCGUGGCCGAGUGCACCGACGACCUGGCGUUCGGCGGCUGCCGCGCCCGCCUCGGCAGCUACUUCGAGAACUUCGGCGAGGCCAUCGCCGCGGUGCUGAUCGUCGUCAUCGUCGUUGAGUUGGUGGCGAUGCUGUUCGGUAUGUUUAUGUGCUGGUCGGUAUCGGAGAAGAGGCAGAGGGGCAGGUACUACUGAGCAGGCAACUAUAUCUAGAGACCGAUGGGAAUCAUGUAAUGUUUUGACAAAAAAGUAUAAGAUCUAUUUAAUGCUAAUUUGUAAUGAAUCAUUCUUUCUUCUACAAGCUUCCGUUCUGUGGUAUGGAUCCCUAGUCAUGUAUAAAUAUUAGACACCAAUUCUUAGGUCAACUGACCGAAUCAUAAAUGAUUUAUUGCCAUUUUUUAUUACAAACAAACAAACUUUUGACACAUUAAAAAAUAUAUAUUCUUCUUGUGAUCCCUAUUUUAGAAUUAACGAGUUAUCAACGUUAAUUAGUGUAAUGACAAUUUAAAAUUAAUAUAAGAAUCCUGCCUGAGUAUUAAUUAGCACAAAGUUACCUAUAAUUUUGUAAAUAUAUGAAUUCAGAUUUAAAUGUUUGGUUAUCGUAAUUUUAUAGUUUUUCUAAAAACUCUCUAAGAGUUAGAAUUAAUUUAAAUUGCAACAAAAAUGUACAUGACAUGUGCUGUGUAAGUAAGUUCAGACUUUUUUCAAAUUCAAAUACGACUUUAGUACAUGACCUAACCUUAGCCAUUGCUUUUUGAGAAGAUAUCAAAUCGUUCCUACUGCUUUAAAUUCAGUAGAGCGUCCAAAAAGAACUAAUUACUAGAUGUUGGUAAGAACUGAUUGUAAUUAGUUAUUACUGAUUAAUUUUAAAAUGUUUGUUUAAGUAUUUAUAUUUUUAAGUGAUCGAUGUUUUGUAUUAAAUUUAUUUUUUAAUGAAAA